GUCAGUCGAAUCGCGCGCGUCAGUGAGUCGUCGGAGUUCGCGGUGCGAGCAUUGUACCCGGUACGGUCCCGUACACAUACCCGCUCUGUCCUCGCAGUGUGUCGUGUGUCGCGCACAGUGUGUUCUCGUGCGUACGAGCGAGCGAGCGAGCGAGCGAGCGAGCGAGCGAGUCGGCCGGGUUUGUCGCUCUCCCGGUCGAGAAACGAACCGAAGGCUAAUAUCCGCGGCGCUUGGACAAAGCCGUUGCAAGCCGCCGCCGCCGCCGCGUGCAAAUAUUAGCCGUGUCGACGAGAAGCCGUGCCUCUCGAGACGUGGAGGAUCAGUCGGAAGAGGAGGAGGAGGAGGAGGAGGAGGAAGAGGAGAACUCGAAGUUGAUGCGCGAUCGAACGAGAAAGGAAGGAAGCUCUCUCGCUGACGUUUCGAGUGUUUGACGUUCCCAGGUAAACGCGCCCCGCAAAACGCUCCGUGUUUGACGGCAAACACACAGCGGCGGCGGACAUACGCCGCUCCUCCGCGCUGCUCCGAGAAGUUCCGAGAGAGCGACACGCGAGAGAUAGAAGAGAGGUAUUAUAUUGUGUUUACCGCCGGCGAUACGGCGCAUCGCACGGGCUUCCGCGAAUUCGGAAUCUCGCCGCAGUUGAUUUGAGUGUGUCGCGUCGCGACCGUUGCGUACGUGUGCGAGGGAGAGAGGGAGAGAGAAAAAGAGAGAGAGAGAGAACGGAUUCGCUGCCAACUUCGCGUGGCGCGCGAUCCGAAUUCGAAGUUCGCGCGCGCGCAAGUCGCGCGACGGAUUUCGGCGCGGUGCGCGGAGGAACUCGCGAAGGGGGAAAGGGAGCAGCAGCAGCAGCAGCAGCAGCUCGCGUGUGCCCUUCGGCGACGAACGUUUCGAGGGGCUCGCAUGACGCGGACUUGCGGCUCGCCGACGGUAAACGCAUCAGCAUCGACGCGAGUUCGAUGGCGCGCGCGGUGAACCCAGUGUUGACGCGGUGAUCGCGAACUCGUGUGUGUGAAUUUCGGAUUUCCGUCGUUGUCGUCGUUCCGUCUUGCGAUCGCGAGUGUGCCGUUGUGUUGUUGUCGAUCGAUAUAUCGAACGUAUCGACGUGUGGUGCGACGAAUGAUGACGAUGACGACGACGAGGAGCGCAAAAAUGAGGAUGUCGACGAGCGAGCUGCACGUCGUCAUCGUGCUCGCGAUUCUGUCGACGAUCAGCCUCGGCAACGAGAUUAAGGAUUACUGCUCGAUACACAAGUACGAUAAUCUACCGGGCGGCCUGAGCUUCACGAAGGAGGUCGUUACCAUGGAGUACGCGAACGUGGGUGCGUUCAAGGCUCUUCACUGCUGCCUCAGGGGAUACAGGAGCAUCGAAUGGUACAAGGAUAACAGGGCUUACCCUUGGCCGGGUGGCGAGAGCCACUUUAUCCUGUAUCCCGAGAGCGCGAAUCAAACGAUCUACACGCAGGAGAUGAGAGCCUCGGAUGCGGGACGGUACUCCUGCCAGGCACGUAACGACACAACCACUUUGGAGGGCGACAUCACUCUCUCUGUACUCGAUGAGGAAUCCGGAGUCUACACGGGAAAACCUUUGCCCACUUAUAGACCGACCUCACAGUUGGUGCCGCUGGGUGGUACUGCGAGGCUCUUCUGCGAGGCUUAUCUGGGCAAGGUCGACCUGCCCGACGCCAAGAAUUCCGUCACCUGGUCGAAAAGCGACAGCAACGUGACACUGCCCAGUCACGGCAGGAUAGCGCAGCACAGAGUGUCACGGGAGAACGAUCAAAUAAUCGGCUCCUACUUGGAGAUCGAGGACGUCACACUCGAGGAUUACGGCGAGUACAAAUGCGAAGUCAGCAACGGCGUCGACGAGGAGAUCACGUUAGCAGCUCACGUGUACCGGCAAGAGCCGCAGUUCGUACUAAGCCUUCCGAAUGGAUCUUGGCGGAAGUCACUCCUGCUGGCGGUCCUCGUCCUCGUGCUGCUACUAUCAGCCGGUGCAUUUUACGCGCGUUGCUGGCUGCCACUUGCACUGUUUUGCAGAGACAAGUUCGGUCGCCUCGAGGAAAGCGACGGGAAGGAAUGCGACGCCCUGGUGUGCUACCACGAGAAGGACUCGAGUCUGGUGAUCGGUAUCGUGAUACCCACGCUGGAGUCCAGGCAUCGGUACAAGUGCGCAGCGCUGGAGUUGUCUCAGCUGAAUCACAAUUGGAGCCUGGAGAUCAGUCCGCACGUCAACACCGCCCGGCGAGUCAUCAUCGUGCUCAGCCCGGCUUCCCUGGACAACAUCUGGACGGACGCGAGCGUCGGCACGGUGCUGAAGCAGCUGUCCUCACUGCCGACCCGGGCGAUCGUCGUCACGCUGAAGAGACUGCCGAGCACGACGGCGACGAUCGCGAAGCGAUCGCGGCGCGACCGCCGCGACGCCGACAACGGCACCUCCUUCGACCGGCUGACGAUCCUGUCUUGGCAGGACGGCGGUGGCGGCGGCGCCGGCGACGGCAGCAACGGGACCACGUUCGGUAGCGGCGGCCGCAAGUUCUGGUACAAACUGAGGCUGGCGAUGCCGGCGAUGCGGCCGGUGGCGUCCGAGACCGGCUGCCAAUCGGUCGCGAUGAUAGUGCAGGCCAACGGCAAGUGCGGGCAGCAGAAGGCACGCUCGCGCGAGAGCCUGGAGGUCCUUGUCUAAGGGCCUUCCUCGCCGCGCUGCGAGGAGAAUCCCUCGACCGAUUUCCACACCACAAUCCAAUCUGCCAAUCCUCGAAUCCCUCAAGGCUUCGAGGAUCUCGAAGUUCGGCGUCCGUGCGUCCCCCUGUCCGAAGAUUCCGCGAGAGGAAGCUCCGAUAUCGCCUUUGAUAUCGAAUCGGCGGGAGAUGCUGCGAGGUGACCUCGACUUUGGCGACUGAAAUUUCCCGGUGGCAGCCUCGGAAGUCUCAGGAUCUCCGAGAGUCUUGCGGGAGAGACGAUCAUUCGUGAUGCCGAUUUUCGGAGGAAGCGACGCGAGGCCUCGAGGCCCUUACCUAGGAGGGCUUUCAUUCCGAGUCGAGAAACUCGCGAGGGAUGCGAUCGUUGCCCUUGACGAGAAAUUGCGAAGCUCUCCUUUUUAUUUUUAUUUCGGUCGCGAAAUUCGAAGCGAAACUCGAGACUGGAAAAGGCACGGUCGGUUUUCUUUGUUCUGAAGAAGUUCGAAUUAUAAGAAACACGAAGAAGGCGCGUCGCGACUUUGUGACGUUAUCACGUUGCAAUCGAUUUUCUCGCGAAUCGCGUCGAGAUUGGAAAGCAAAUUCGAUUUAACGUCGCAAGGAAGAAGCUGUGCACCGCACAAUGGAAUCAAACAGUUCCAAGAUCUUCCUGGAUCCUCGGAAGCUCGCGAUUCUCCCCCGAGUUUUCAGCUCGAAAUUAUAAACUGUUCGACCUUAGGUUUGCCAAUCUUCGGCCGAGACAGCUCGAUUUAAAAUUAGGGAAGAGAAAUUUUCGUUAAAAUCGUGAAUUUCUUGUGUGCGAAAUACGAUUUUUCACAAUCUACUCUCUAAAUCUCGUAGAGCGAAAUAAAAGUGUAACGAAGAGUGAAAAUUGAGCACUUCGAGUGACUCGCCACUUUAAGCAAGGGUUGAAUUACGCUCCAAAAGUUAGAAUGAAAUCACACUUAAUUUGAGUGAAAGGGCGUUUUUUUCGAGUGCAGUAGAUCAUGGAAGUGUUCAUAGAAACUAAUUAUGUCACUUUGCACGUUUGAAUAAAAAAUUUCACUGUUAGAGUCAUUUAUUUAUCAGUCGAUAAGGAGAAUCAUUCGUUAGCUUUACAGUGAAAAUCGUUUUACACUAACAGAGUGAACUGAUUCACUUUCUGCAGGAUGAAAUUCUUAUGCAGUAUUCUCAAAACUAAUGACAGUUCGGUAUUGUCGUUAUAGUAUCGUCACAGAUAUUAUAUACGUCUAAAAAGCUGUGCAGCAACACUGUAAUACCAAACUAUCGUUAAGAGUUACAGAAUAAUCCUACUGGAACCUUUCAGGCGCUUUCAAAAAAUCAUUUCGUUAGAAUACGAAAAAUUUUAUAACUGUACUCGAGUUGUUUUAACGUUGCACUAUUUUAUCGCAUAGAGUGGAUUUUUUCUUCGCUUCUCGCUCUAAACCAGAGUGAAAUAGAACUUGAAAGUGCUGCGCGGGUUACCUCUAUAAAAUUUGAGUGAAAAGUUCACUUCUAGCUUGUGAGCGUCCGCAUUCACCCAAAUUAAAGUAAAAUCCUUUCUUUUGGAGUGACUAUCGCAGUUACUGUAAAAAAUUAGUGGCGAAACCACUCUAUGAGAUUUAGAGCGUACGCGGCCGAGCUGAGAUCUGCCUUCGACUGCCUCUCGAACAUCCUGUAAUUGGCGAACUACAUGGAAUGCAGUUACGUAAGGGGAAACGCUCGAACGGGGAUCUGCGCGAGGUGCGACUGCUAUCAAUUGCAUCGACGUGGCAGUGCGAAUCGGCGACGCGAAGCGUGAAUUUGCUUCUCGUGAUAAGUUCGAUGAAAACGUUAAAGAGGUGUAGGGACCUUUGUACAACGUUUUUGUUUUUAGCGCCGAACGGACGAAUUUUUGAUAAAAUGUAAAAAUUGAAAGAUUGGUUCCGGCGGCAGGGGUGGUCUAUAGAGGCAAAAGGAUUUUUUCGCGGAUGUUCUGAUUAUUGAAAGUGAGUUUGAUCCUUCGUGAAAGCAAUGUUUUUUAAUGCAUCGGUUCUCACGUGAUUGAAAAUUUUAGUUUUAUAUUUUGUAAUAUUUAUUUUAAAAUAUGAAGAGAUUGCGAAUUAUUUCCUUUCACCGAUUGACGCACUGAAAGGACUUUAAGGAUGUGAUGAAAAGAAAACGACUGAAAGGAUAGAUAACGAUCAGAGAUUUUUUGAUUCUUAAAUUUCGGAUUCUUUAUAGCUUAAAAGUUUUGGAUCUUGAACUUGAAACUUUGAAUCUUUAUAAGUUUCUUCGAGAGAAUCCUAGAUAUUGUUGAAUUUUUAGAUUCCUUGCACCAUAGAUUCUUGUUUGUGAAUUCUUAUUUCUUGUGCGUAGAAUGAGAAACUAUCUCUCAACAAGUCUCCGUGAAAUUUUAAAUAGAUAUAUUAAAGUUCUAUAAUCAAAAAGACUGCUGAAUUAAUGAUAUGAAGAAUAUGCAACAGUCGGAGAGAUCUUUUAAUCCUUAAAUUCCUGGAUUCCUUAAAUCUUGCUUUCUUAAAACUUUACAUUUAAAGAUUAUCUUCUUGAAAACGUAUUAAAAUUGAGUUUUGCAAAAGAAUUUUUUUUAAAUUAUGUUUAAAUUUUGUCAUAAAGUUUCUCUUUGCUUAGGAAGUCUAUUUCACAAUCGCAUCUUCUUCUAUAUAAAUAUUUCUUCUAUUUUUUAAAUUUCUUCUAAUAAUACUUUAUUCUAUUUUUGUUCUUACUUUUCUUUUCUUUUUUUUCGCAACGUUCUUGUUAGAAAUUUUUGUUAAACAUUUGACUGAAGUAUAUUUCAUAAAAAUUCCAUUUAUUUAUUUUUUUACGUUAAACUAUUUGCGAAGAAUGUUUAGCAUCAAAAUUAAUAUUUAAAAAAAAUUAUAUAAUGAUUCAAUGUUUGUAUGUAAAAAUAUGUAAAAAUUAAACAAUUUAAAACUUAAAAUCUAAACAAUGCCAAGUGUCUAGGAAUAAAGAUGUAAUCAUAAUAAUAUUUUAAUAUAUACAAUUAUUGUAAAUUAGUGAACCAACAAAAGCACUGUAUGCUAAUUCUAAACAGUGGGAGAGAUUUAAUUAAAUUUCUUGUAAGCAUUUAAUUCACAUCGAAUUAAGAGAUAAAUUUGGAAAUUUAGUAAUCAAAUUUUUCAACAAUAGUAUCAAACAGAACAAGAACAGUUAAGUAUAAAACUUAAAAAACACUCAUACUUCAGCAAUCAAUAAUAAAUCCCGAUUUUUUUCUCUGUAUCUGGACAAAUAAUUACUUUUUUCUGCUUUUAUAGAGGGUCCUAUAAAUAGUUUCUAAUAAAUAACUUAAGUGUCGGUUCUAGGCCGAAAAUGACCUCCGUUUAACAUCCUGCUUUAGCAAAAAAUAUAUUUCCGUUAUAUGGAUUGUUUAUACAUAGAAACCAUUCAACGAUUAGCAUUAAAAUUAAUAUUAAAAAAGUCGUAUGGAUAAUUCAAUGUUUGUAUAUAAAAAUGUGUGUGUAAAAAUUAAACAAUUUAAAAUCUUAAAAUUCCGAAUGUCUAGGAAUUUAAGGACGUAAUCCUAAUUAAUUUUUUAAUGUAUAAAAUUUUCACUAACUUUUAAGUCAGCAAGAGCGCGAUAUUGCCAAUUCUAAACAGUGGAACAGAUUUAAUCGAGUUUCUCGCAAACAUUUAAUUAAUUAAAUGAAGAGACAAGAUUGAAAGUGCAUCAUCGCCACGCGCGAUAUCAUGAAAAUUUUUCCGUGUACAAAUAAUUUAAAUUAAUUGCCUAUUUGCUUUCCACAAUCGACGAUCGAUUUCGUUAUCCCAGCAUUCCGACUGUUCCGAAAGAGCAAAAAGAGCGGAGAAAUGGAAAUGCGCAGUCUUCCUUCUCGCGAGCGUUAUGAUAGCUUCAUUACCGGCGUUCCGUUAUCACUGGCGUUCCAUAAUCCUUUCUUUUUUUAACGCGCUUAUAUGUCGCCGCUGUUCUUUGUACAUAUAUUGGGAGUUUAUAUUUAUUUAGGUAGCUACGUUAUUUAUAUAUAUAUAUAUACAUAUAUAUCCUUGCGUAAGUUUCAAUAAGGCAACCCUUUAACCAGUAAAACAGCUUCUAAAGUUCCGUUCGCGGAAGCGACUGAAGCGAUCUAAUUCAAAGAAAUUCCAGGAUCUAAAACAAUUCAUAAUGCACCGCCGUCUAGGUGUUUAGACACGUUGAUUGUCGUUCAUCCCGUGAAGCCUCUAACUUUUCAAUGGCGCCUUGAUGAGCGAAAUUUUUUAAAACUAAAAUUAAAUGAAUAUAAAAUUUUGAACCAUAUAAAUAACAACACAAUAACAGCACAAUUUAUACUGUUCACUAUAAUCAUACAUUACUAUAUUUUACCGUGUUUUUAUAUUUUGAUAACGAUUUAUGAUAAUGAAAACUGCAGCGUGUGCAGUACGAGCCAAACAAAAUCGACAGGCAACGUGUUAAACGUUUGAAUAUUCUGUCUGGUGUAAAAAUCUCAAUUAUCAUAUGACAUGUAAAGCACACAUUGUUGCAUUUAUUUAUAUAUAUCCUGUAGUAUGUAAUCUAUGUCGAGAUGUAUGUGCGAAUGCUGGUUAAAGGGUUACGCAAUCGCGGAAUUGCGCUGCGUUACGUCGCGCGACGUUUUUUUUUUCUGAAAUCCGAUCUCGUCCCGUGCGGUGACGGCAGAUUCCCCGUUAGCGCUCGGCGCAAGCCGGAUGCAGUCAGCUGCCUCGGUACGCUAAUGUGUAAGCGUUUUGUACUGUUUUAUAAUACGUACACGUACACGGGGAGACGUUUCUCGAGACUCUGUCCUGAAAACUCCCCGGUCGCACAAUCGGUGUCAGUAAUCGUUGCUUGUCGCAAUUCAUCUCCCGGGGACACUGCUCGCGGUUUCCUGGAUCCUCCCAAAGCCCGCGUGUCCCCGGAUACGCUCGGAAACGGCAUUUUCUCACGGUGUCCUUGAGUUUCUGCGAAUUUUUACCGUUACCCGGAUGUUACCAAAUUUACCUCGUACUACAAAUCCUCGCAAAUACAACAGAUCCCAUUUGUAUAAAUUGCAAGAUUAGAGACUCUCCUUUUCGUAAAAUGCACGCAGAUUUGUAAGUCGAGAUCCUCUACGUUCGUAAACUUGAUUUUCAAUCGCCGGAGCUUCGAGUUUACUUACGAGCUUGUCAGUUCCAUCGAUGGUUUCAUCGCAGUCGCAUCUACCCUACGUUUGUCUUAUUCUCAUUCAGUGUGUAACUUGAGGGAACACACAUACACAUAGAGCGGUGUUUUUUUAAUUUUUUUCAAUUUGCGAUUAAAUAACGAGCCAAAUUUGUCGAGACACGUCAUUAAUUAAUUCUUCCAGUUUUUUAUUAUAAUACAGUUAUUUUUUAUCAAAUACCGCCAACACGACAUUUAGAAACAGAAAGUGAAGUAAAAUUUUUAUUUUAUCGUAAUUUAAAUAUGAUUUUAUUGCAAUGAUGAUAUCAUUUUGAUUAAAAUGAAAGUAAACACACUGGCCCGUAAUCUCAACUCACUUUUUAUUGAUAAACAUGAGUUGAAAAUAUGGGCCGAUAUAAUUCAGAUAACUUUAUAAUUUUUAAAAUAUCUUUUACUUCGCAUUUUUACUUUUACCUGCUCUAAAAUGUUCAAGACAUUUUGAUUGGAAAAUACCUUGAUUUAUAAGGAAUCAUCAGGAUAUGUAAUAAGAACUGCUAUUGCAUUACCAUUUCUAAAACUUUUGUACGUAAAAAUCCAAAAAUAUUUUAUGGCCUGUAUAUAGUUAAUUAAAAAUAACUUAAUUAUUUUUAAAAUUGUAUACUUUCCUGAAAAAAAACUUUAAAGAAGUGGCUCUUAAUUUCAUCAUUCUAGGUGUAUGUAUCUCCCCUUAACUGUUUGUUUAUCCGUAACACAUGCACGUUUCCUUCUGCGAGGAGGAAGGAUUUGAAGGCUCGUUAUCUCUAUUACCGUUCGAAUAUUUCUGUUCUCCAAGGAACGACGCGGUACGACGAUUGUUUAGCCUCAGUUAUCUCGGGAUUAGUUUAUAUAACCAUGCGGAAACCCGAAAUUUCAACACGCGCGAAAUCCGGAGGAGCUCUUCGCGUAGGUUGAUACCACAUACGGAUAGCGACGGCAACAGUAAAGAUAGAGUAGAGGAUAAGUGUUAUCUGUAGUUAUUAUCGUGAUUAUAACUUAGGUCGAGCUGUGGUAAGAGGAGGGAAGGGGGAGAACAGCAGGGGGUGAGCUUAAUUUUUAACAUUAAUAGCGAUUAUUCUCUUUACUGUCAGUAUUACGACACACUAGUGUACUCGUCUCGCUGGGAUGCCAGCAAGGAUCAUUGCAAAGGAUAAUCUGCGAGCCGAGUAAGCAGAGUAUAUAGAUAUAGAACUAUAUUUGAACGGCCUGUUUCGCGAAGGGGGAGGAGUUUCGAAUUGAUUUCCCGGAGGUAGGAACGCGUAUCGUCUUCUUGAAUAUCUGGGGUAUCCUGAACCAACAGUGCUGCGCGUAGAUAACUCAAGAUUAUCUAGAUAAAGAUAAGAUGAAUUACAAUCUGAGAUAAGAUAAUAGUUUAAACUUAUCUGGGUAAAAGAUAAAAUUUUAUUUAAAUAAUUUUAAGAUGAUAUCGUUGUUGAGCAAAACAAUUUAGGAUAAAAAAAUAAUGCACAAUUUAUGAAUAUUUCUAUUUAUUUAUGAAUAUUUUUUUAUUUUUAAAUCUGUAGGUAUUUGUUAAGAGGGGACACUACAACGAUGGGUCAAAAAAUAGAAUUGACUUCGACGUGUAAUUGUAUGUUAAUAGCUUACGCAGAAACAUUUAAUAUAAUACGAAUGAAAAAGUUACAUUUUAUACAAUAUGUUUUAUACAAUAUAUUUAAAAAAUGAGUUAAAAAUAUUAAAAAAGCCUGUUUUAAACAUUUGUUUAUAAUUCACGUGAUAUCUCCAUUUUUAGAUAUCUGCAACAAAUAAUCUUGGUAUUCUUUUAAUUUAAAAUGAUGUGGUUUUUGUUUGAUCAUAACGUUUUUAAAAAUAAUAAUUUUGAACAAAAUUUUGGCUAUCCAAAAUUGACAAUUACGAUUUUCAGGGAAAAUUUUGUUUGCUUUUUAAACGAUAAAAUAAAAAAUAAAAUGUAAAAAUUUUGAAAAAGCUAUGAUUAAAUGCUAAACAAUACAUUUUUAAAUGUAUUGUUAAAAAUUGAAAACGCAUUUAAAGUUUUAAGUUUGAAUAUCUCUCAAAUCAACUUAAAAUUGUAGAGAUGUAUUUUUCAAGAGUAGCUCUUUCAAAUAAAAUUUCAAAAAAUCGAUUUUUUUUUACACGUCGCUGUAAUAUCACUCCUUAAGAACAAAAUUUCUUCAAAUAAUUUAAUCUGACAACAAGUAUUCUUCUCUUGAUUUGGAUCGGUACACAAAUAAAGUUUAAAGUUGAUAAAUAUAGAAGAAAUAUAUAACUAACAUUAUAAGGUACAACUGUUGAUCAAAAUUGCUUUUGAUCAGUUUUGGAACAAUUUUUAUAUUGACUUACUAUUUUCUAUUAUCUUUUUUGUUGUUAUUAAAAAAAUUUUUGUUGUUAGGAUAAAUGGUUUGGAGGUUGAGGCUAAGGAUGAUAUUUUAUUCUCGUUAUUGUUCACGUUAAUUUACGUAAUGAAAAAGAUAUAACACUUCUUUUAUCAAUGAUAAAGCAGGUAAUAUUCAUUCUAACAAUAGAUGAAGAUAAAAUAAAACAUUUCUCAAUCUACAUAACUAUCUAGAUAAUUUUAUGUGGAUAACGAUAAAUGCUAAGAAUCUUGGCAAUAAGACAUCACGAAUUAAGUCAUCAGGAUUAAAGCUCACUGAAAAUUUUCAGCUAAAGAAUGGAGUUAUUGUACCAAUAAAUAAAUAAAUAAGAAAUUGAACAGAUCAAUGAACAAAUAAAAACAAGUUGAUAUAAUUACAUUUUCAAGUAAAAUAUUUUAAUAAAAUCUUUACGAAAAUUAAAUCUAGAACAAUCAAUUAAAAUAUCAAUUUGCAAUUUAUUAUUUUAAAUUAUUUUUACUAAACGGCGUUAUUUACUGAUGUUCAGCGACUCGUACAGUGAUUCAUAAUAAAUUUAAUUAAAAUUCCUAUUCCACUUCUUGCAAAAAUUAGCAUUUAGGGAUAGGAAAGUUGGCCACAGGAUGUCACAAAUUAAAUCAUUUAUUAUGAAUUCAAAAGAAAAUUUUCAACCGAGUAAUAAAGUAGAUAAAUUCCUGCUUUUCAAAAUAAUUAAAUUUUCCAUUCUGAUUUCGAGAAAUGUCAGAGACAUUAAACUUCUUUUUAUGUUAAACGCUGUGUCCCCUCAAUUUAAUAACCACGAUUUAAUAAACUGAAUAAUUCAACAAGAUUCCAGCCCCUUUCGUAAGCAAGCCGUUCAAUCUUCUUCUUUUUUUUUGUAACUUUUCUUACCGAUCUUAUCGAUGCGUAUUGUUGUUCGCUAUUGAUAAGGCGAAUUAGAAAACGAUUUACUUACUUAACUAAUUAGUCUUUGUAUUUUGACAAUAAAGUCUCUCUCUCUCUCUCUCUCGAGUCCUAAAAGUAGCGCGGGACUUGCGAUACGUUCUUCUUUUUACUAUAAAUAGCUUACUCGACAGAAGGAGGUGAAGUUGAGGGUCGUAUAAUUCUAGAUAAAUGUUUAUGUACUGUGCGUCUGACUGAUUGCGUUGAUUGCUUGAUGAUGCGAGUAACGAUGGCACGUGCAAGACAUUCUAACUGUUUAUAGCGGAGCACGUGUCGCGGCGUUAAUCCUAGAGAGCUACUGUGGGUGAAUUUUCACUCAAGUGUUACUUCAAGCUUACUACAGUUUUUCUCAUUACAAAAUUCUUAUAGCUUGAAAUAACAUUUGAUAAGAGAUUUCGUUUCCAUUAAAAUAGUGUUAUUAUUCUAAUACCUUGCAAUCUAUAAAGUAGAAAAAAAAAUGUAAAAAUAUAUAAUUUCGAUUUAAUUUAAUUUAAUGAGUGAUUUUUCAUCCAGAGUAGCGUUAAUGUAAGAAAAAUGUGAGUAGUACUCCGGGGGUUAAGGAUAAUUCCUUGUAUAUGCUGUGCGAGGUCCUAUCCAGGGCGACCAGAUAGUCUGUAAGCGAUCUUUAGAAGAAUAUCUCUAGUUUACCGCAAACUCUCUUGUUUAUCUUGUACUUUUGUUUCCUUCGCGUUAGAUUUAACGAACGCUUCGACACCUUUCUCUUUCGCUCAAUCUCGACGAGCGAUCUUCAUCGGCCGACGUGCCGAGCGUCGACGACUAAUCGCGCAAUUCUAUUUAUUGAUUCCACCAGUUUUAUUUCCCCGCUUAUAGCUCGGGGGUACUUUCGAAACGUGUAGCUUUACGUGGUUCAGUGAAUAACGAAGCGUCGAGGCGCGUCGAAUUGCGUGUACUUACUCAUGUAUCUUUAAUUAGAAGCAUCUCUUUGCCGCUCUGAAUUUUUUUACUCGACGGAUUCGACUCAUUUUUUUUUGUAACUUUAAUUUAUUAUUUAUUCUCCGCGUUUUUCUAGUUAGAGCUCGUGUAUCUUUUUCUGGGUGAAAAAUAAAGAGUUUGAGAGACCUACGAGAUCGGUGUGCAAUUGUGAGCUAACGCAUCUCUCCUUGUAAAGAAAAAAAAAAAAUAAUAAAGAGACAUUACUUUGUAAGUACGAGCAGCGCGUUUUGUAUCGACGAUAGACUCUGAAUGUAUCGAUUUUAUCAUCGCCGUAACGUAUAAAUAUAUACAUAUAAUUGAUGGGAUUUUUAGACGAUGUAACAUGUUGACUGUAAGCUAUCGUUAAGAUAAUUAAUGAACAGUGUAAUUAAAUAAAAAAAACGAAAGUAGAGGAAAAAAAUAUAUAUAUAUAUAAUGGUGGAGUAAUUACAUAAAUAAUCAUUUGUAUCUAUAUUUCGUUUACAAUGAUUACGCUACAUAAUGUAGGCACUUGUAUGUAAGGUAUUGUAAUUCGUUUUCACCUAAAAGUACAAUACACUUGUCUACAUAAUAAUAAAUAUUGAUAAUGACGAUUA